AUGUUUCAAGCACAAAUGACUUCAUCAGGUAUGCCUCCACAAUAUGGAGGUUCAAUGGUAAAUUCGUCUCAUCCUAAUGGAUAUCCUGGACAACCACAACAAUCCCCAUUAUUUCCUCCUGUUACAGGAGCAUCUAAUUAUGGAAUGAAUAAUGGUUAUCCGGUAAAUCCACCUUCUUAUCAAAGUAUUCAAAGAAAUAUGCCUAAUCCACAGAUGCAAACAAUUAAUCCUUUAAAUCAACAGCAAAAUAGUUGUUCAUAUGUACCAGGAACGUCACAACAACAAAUGAUUAUAUCUGAAAAUCAACGAAUAGGAAAUUGGAACAAUGGACAGGAUAUGGCACAUCAGCGAAAUCCUGGUUACCCUUACCCGACAAAUCAUAUGGCUGGUCAACAACAAUCAAAUCAACAUCCAGUUUAUUCUAUGAAUCCUAAUACUCAAGCGCAGAUGCUUGCGCAGCAACAAGUGGCUUUACAAAAUCAAUAUAAUCAGCAAAAUGCUAAAAUUAUGGGUGGUCAGACAUUAAAAAGAAAGAUAUCAAAUAAUCAUAUUGUUGAUAGAGCACCGAAACAAUUUAUUGGUCAUAUGCCAAAUCAACCUCCAGUUCCAGUUCAACAACAAGCAGCAAAUAAUUUUGUGGUUCAAGGAAAUCCUGGUAUUAAUCAUUCACAUCCAUCACCAUUAUAUCACCAGAAGACUGGUAAUGUAAAUGGUAGCGUACCUUCCCCAUCCUUUCAUAAUACCAAUAUUCAACAAACUGGUAACUCGAAACAAUCGGUAUUUAACCACACCCCAAAUCCAUCACCAUACAAUGGAAAUUAUGAGAAUCAAAAUACUCACCAUAAUUGGCAUAAUAAAAAGACGGUUACAAAUAGUGAGAUGGUUAAGUUUGAAAUAAGACAAAAUAUUCAAGCAAAACAAGCACAGGGUGUACCGAUUGUUCGUGCUCCACCAACGCCACCAUCACAGGGAUCUGUUAAUUCAAAUUCAUCACCACAAAAUAUUAUUCCAUUAUCUAAUUCACAGGUACCCGUAUAUCCUUCACCUUCAUCAGUGGGAUCAGCUGAAAACGGACCUACUACAAAUGGAUAUGGAAGUAACGGACAAGCAAAUAUAAAUAUACAUGAAGGAAAUAAAGUUAAUUCAGAUCUUUUAUCAGCACUAGAAUUUCCUUCACCAUUCGAUUCGUGUUCUACGGCUUCCAGCAGUUCAGAUUUAAAUAUUUCUUUAAGUGAAGGAGAUUAUUUUGAUUUCAAAUUAAAUAAUGGAGGGUUCGACUUUGACAAUGAAGAAACACGUUUGCUGGUUCAACGGCUUCUUAGUUAA